AUGGCUAUUCGUUAUCUUAUCACGCAAGGCAUGACUUUUCGUGGACAUGAUGAGUCUGAAGAAUCCUUGAAUCAAGGCAACUUUCUUGAGCUUUUGAAAGUUAUUGCUUCUUGCAGUGAAGAGAUAUUUAAUGUUGUACUAAAAAAUGCUCCUGCAAACCUCAAAUUAACUUCAUCAGAUAUUCAGAAAGAUAUCGUAAAUGCAAUUGCUGUUGAGACAACAAAACUUAUUGUGCAGGAUAUGGGAAAUGAUUUCUUCUCCAUACUAGUUGAUGAAUGUCGAGAUGUAUCUAUCAAAGAGCAAAUGAGUGUUGUCGUACGAUAUGUGUACAAGAGUGGAUGUGUUCUGGAAUGCUUUCUUGGUCUUGUGCAUGUUAGUGACACAACAACGACCUCACUUGAGAGAGCACUUGAUUCCUUAUUAUCUACUUAUGAUUUAAGUGUAUCUAGUUUGAGAGGUCAAGGAUAUGAUGGUGCAAGCAACAUGAGAGGUGAGCUCAAAGGACUGAAAACUUUGAUACUAAAGAGGAACGCAAGUGCUUAUUAUGUACAUUGUUUUGCUCACCAGCUUCAACUCACAAUUGUUGUUGCUAAAAAACAUACAAGUAUUGGGUCUUUUUAUAAUACUAUCGCUCAUUUAUGUAACACUGCUGGAGGUUCUUGUAAGCGCAGAGAUAUACUUCGGGAGAGACAAAGAGAAAAGAUUAUUGAAAGGAUUGCAAGUGAUGAAGUUAACACUAGAAGAGGAUUGAAUCAAGAAAUGUCAUUGAAGCGGCCUGGAGAUACUCGGUGGAGUUCACAUUAUGGUACUCUCAUAAACUUGAUAAAUUUAUUUUCUUCUGUUGUUGAUGUUAUUGAGUAUGUUGAGGAGAAUGGUACUGAUGAUUCAACGAGGGCUGAAGCUGUUGAUGUGUCAGAAAUUAUAACUCGUUUUGAGUUUGUCUUUGUGUUACAUCUUAUGAAACAAAUCUUGGGAAUCACACAUGAAUUGUUAAUGCAAUGA